UUAUAUUUCGUUUUGAAUCGGUAAUCGAUAAAAUGCAUUUUAUGCUUAGUUUUUAAUUAGAAUUAAUAUAAGACACAGUCAACACAAUAAAUAGUCUGUGUUAUUUCGGCAAUAUGGCGUUUACCCCGUUGAGAGUGGGUUUUAUACAAAAAAUUGUUCAGAAUGCAUUUUAUACUACUAUGAUGAGACGACCUAUGGCUUACAAAAGCGCUAUAUCUUUGGAAACUUUGUACCCCAACAGUUCUUUAAAACUCAGCACCCCGUCGUUUGAUGCUGACCCAAAAGAGAAAUUCUCCGGUUUCAUACCCUUGGAGAAACUGGACAUCACAUACAGCGCCAGCUCGGGACCGGGGGGACAGAAUGUGAACAAAGUGCACACCAAGGUUGACCUGAGAUUCAAGCUGAGUGAAGCGGACUGGCUGCACCCAGAAGUGAAGGAAAAGAUGCUAGAACUGCAUGGGAAGAAACUGUCCAAGGAAGGGUACCUGAUCAUCCGUUCGGACGCCACGCGCUCACAGCAGCUCAACUUAGCAGACUGUCUCCAGAAACUCCGUACUCUUCUGAGGGAUGCCGCCGUCACGCAACAGAGGCCUUCGCCGGAGACGCUCGAGAAAGUUAGGCAGAGACACCUGAAGGCAGCGCGUAUGCGAGUGGCGCUGAAGCGAGAGGACGCAGUGAAGCGCGCGCAGAGGCAACCGCCGACCGUCGUCGACUUAUGAUUCUUCCACUAAUUGGCCGCAUUGCACUAGGCUGCAGUAUCUCAUGACAAUAGAC